GCCCGUCCGGCAGGACGGCGCGCACUCGCACGACCCCGUACACCCGCCCACGGACGGCUACGAUGGCGGUGGCCCGUUCGACGACGGCUGCCGCGCGCUCUGUCGUCGAGCGAUCGAGAGACGUGCCGCGAGUGCCCGAGGUGAGUGCGUCGCGUAUUGUCAUCGCUUUAUCACCGCCGCCGCCGUCCGAACAAUAAUAAUAGUAAUAAUAUGUCGUGUUAUUAUUGUUGUUAUUAGCCCGCGACCGAUGAUGUCGCUGGUGUGCCGGGGAUAUCAGGGAUAGCGAGACAGAUAAUAAUAAUGAUGUGUGCGUGACAGUGGGAGAGGGAGAGGUGAGUGAGAGUGUGAGAGGGUGAGAGAGAGUGCGAGCGAGAAAAAAUAAAAACAAAUUUUCCGUCCAAUUAUUUUUCCCCGCGACCGUCACCGCUCGUCCGGAGCGCGGAUGCGCGCGUGUGUGUGGAAAACAGCCGCCGUCGCGCUUUCGUCGUCUGGCCCACAACAAGGAACGCGGCCGCCGACGAUGACGACGACGACGACUACCACGACUGUGACACACAACUGAUCAUCAAACCGAACGCCGAACACGCGCACACACUCACACCCACACACCAGCGCGGUCCAAUCCUCAGCCAACGCUGGGGACGUUGAGCUCAGCCGUCAUCUGGAGUCGGUCCAGUCCUGUCGUCUCCGUCUCACCCGACGAAAGUCCUGUACACCACUCGGACUUACACGUACACACACACAAGUCAUUAUGUCAUUCUUACCGUCCUCACUCGUCCGGGUGCUCUUUUGAAAUGUUACCGGAGUCUGACCGUUGUGUUUCAUUCAACGCACUGCAGAAGCCGGCUCUCUCUCUCCGGUACACAUCAUCAUUUCUACUGGUGCAAUACGAUUUUGUCUUGCCUUGCAACAUUGUUGAAUUACGUGGACAAAUUAUGUACCAUAGCUAUGUUAAUAUUCAUAGGCUAUGACAUUUUUAUUUGAGUACAAUAUUAAAAAUACUUAAUUAACAAUGGACAAUAGAAGAUCAUGGAAGGGACAACUAUCACUGAAAGAGUCUGAUCAUCGUCGAUAUUCAGAUUCAGAAGAACAUAAGAGUAAAACAUCAGAAACAAAUAACUCAGAAUUAUCAAAUUUAGUGUUGAUGCGUAAUAGUACACUGGGCCAGUCGGCGCCUUCUUUAUCUAGUAGUUUGAGAGAAUUACAUGUUGCAGGAUGUGGAAGACGUUCAAACAAGCCUAGUCAAAGAAAGAGUUUUAUAUCUAAUACAUCACCUACAUUACCAAGGUGUAACUCUCCAAUGUCAGGUAGUCCAUUGGAAAGUCCCAAAGUUGUUCAUUCACAUCCACACUUUCCAUUUGUUUCAAUAAAAAGGCCGUACAAUUUACUCACAACAGAUUGCCGUGAUGGAAGAAGGUGGUCUGUUGCUUCUUUACCGUCAUCUGGUUAUGGAACCACUUCUGGGAGCUCAAAUGUUUCUUCUCAGUGUUCCAGUCAAGAGCGUCUACACCAGUUGCCCAAUAUGCCAACUUCAGAUGAAUUGCACAUGUUUUCCAAACAUUUUUCAUCCAAUGACAGUACUCAUAGCGCUGAAGAAGAUAACAUAAUUUAUCGUAAAUCACGUUUCAAUCGACCACGUUCAAGGAGCUUAAGCAGUCCAAGCAGAUCACCUGUUCUUGAUAAUGAUAUUAUUAUGAUGAAUGUACUGUAUAAAGAUAGGUUCCCCAAGGCAACACAUCAAAUGGAGGAACGUUUAAAUAUGUUUAUACAAGAAUAUGAAAAAUUAAAUCUAGAAAACAUUGAAAUAUCAGCAGAUGCAGUACCUAUUGUUAGAUUUGUAAACCAUCAAGUGUUAGAGGUAGCUAGAGACUGCUUAAAGAAAUCGGAAGAAAAAUUAAUAACUCGUGGUUAUUUUUAUGAAAUGUCUGAAAAUCUGGAAUUAUUAUUGGCUGAGGCGAGAGAAAAAUCAGAAGAAGCUCAUGCAUUACUAACAGCAAUAGUAAAAAAGUUGUUAUUAAUAAUAUCAAGACCAGCUAGGUUACUUGAAUGUUUAGAGUUUGACCCUGAAGAAUUUUAUCAUCUAUUAGAACAAGCUGAAGGACAAGCUAAAAUAUGUCAAGGCAUCAAGGACGAAAUACCACAAUAUAUAAUAGGAAAAUUAGGCUUAGCUCGUAACUCAGUUGAUGAUAUUGACGUAAAUUUUCAAAAAUUAGAUGAAUACUCUUCAUCCUUGUUAAAAAAGCCACAACAACAAAGUACCAAAAAAGAUGCGUUUUCUUCUCCACCGUCAGAAGUCGAUUUUGACGUGAUAAAAUUGAUCUCAAAUGGUGCAUAUGGCGCUGUGUAUCUUGUUAGGCAUAAACAAACCCGUCAACGAUUUGCAAUGAAGAAAAUAAUAAAGAACAAUUUAAUGUUACGGAAUCAAAUAGAACAAGUAUUUGCUGAGCGAGAUAUAAUGAGUUUUACAGACAAUCCUUUUGUUGUCACUAUGUACUGUAGUUUUGAAACUAGAAAACAUCUUUGUCUCGUAAUGGAAUUUGUCGAAGGAGGUGAUUGUGCAUCUCUUUUAAAAAACAUUGGACCUUUACCACCAGACAUGGCCAAAUUUUAUUUUGCAGAAACUGUUCUUGCUGUUGAAUACCUUCAUAACUAUGGUAUUGUACACCGUGAUUUAAAGCCUGACAAUCUUCUAAUUACUGCGUUAGGUCACAUCAAAUUGACAGAUUUUGGACUUAGUAAAAUGGGUUUAAUGUCGCUGGCAACUAAUCUGUAUGAAGUACACGUGGAAAGAGAUUCACGGCAGUUUUCUGACAAACAAGUAUUUGGUACACCCGAGUACAUAGCUCCUGAAGUAAUUUUAAGACAAGGUUAUGGUAAGCCUGUGGAUUGGUGGUCAAUGGGAAUAAUAUUGUAUGAAUUUUUGGUUGGUUGUGUUCCAUUUUUUGGUGAAACUCCCGAAGAACUAUUUGCUCAUACAGUUAAUGAUGAUAUUGAAUGGCCUGAUGAAAAUGAAUGGCCUAUUCAAGCAGAGGCUAAGAACAUAAUAUCAUCAUUAUUGCAACAAAAUCUUAGAGACCGAUUAGGUACUGGUGGAUCACACGAAGUCAAAGAUCAUCCUUAUUUUUAUGGUGUGGAUUGGAAUUCAUUGUUAAGACAAAAAGCCGAAUUUAUGCCGCAACUUGGAGAUGAAGAAGAUACUAGUUAUUUUGACUCCCGAACUGAUCGUUACAGCCAUGAAGUUGAUGAAGAUACAGAUGACGAUUCUUUAAUCUUGGGUACAUUUUCAUCUUGCUCACCACAGUUCAAAAAAGUAGCAAGUAAAUUGUCCAUGAGUAAUGAGUAUGCAUCUUUAUCUCCCUCAGUGAACUAUAAAGAUGAUUCUUUAUCCAUUAAUAACGGCAUUUUUGAUACUUCAGCAUCGGAAGGAGAAACAGUUGAUGAAAGUUUAAAAUCACCUCUAUCUAAGAAGACAAGUUUAAAUAAGUCACUGAACGAAGAUGAUGAGUCUAGUUCUCAAAUCAGUCGUAGACGACGUUUAUACAGUAAAGAGAGUAUACCGAAAUUCUCAAUUUCAAUUGAAGAUGACAGAUCUCCGCAACUUAGAAGUUUAUCAGAAAACGAAUCUGACGAUCCUUCAUCGGAGAAAAAAGAAGAAUUUUUGAGUUUACCUGUAUCUGCAAACUUGUGCCCAACUUUACCGCCUUCACCAAAUACUAUGAGUUCAUCAAAAUAUUCCACUAGCAACUCUUUUGGUGGUCAUCGAACAAGAUCUGUCAUCAAAAGUUUUUCGGCAACUGGAUUGUCCUUGAUGAUACCUCCUGAGUCCAGUAACGGAUCGCAUAUGAAGUCUCCUGGAUCGUGCAGUGCAUUGAACUCCCCUUGUCGUGACGUUCCUUUAAUUACCAGUUUGAAGCCACCUAUAAUAUUACGUCGAGGUCCUUCUGGCUUCGGUUUUACCGUCAACACUAUUCGUGUAUACUUUGGCGAUAGUGACUUUUACACUAUGCAUCAUUUAGUAAUGGCUGUGGAUCCUGGAAGUCCGGCUUUUGAGGCGGGCAUGAGCCCCGGUGACCUGAUCACGCACGUCAACGGUGAACCGGUUCAGGGGAUGAACCACACGCAGGUGUUGCAGCUGCUGCUGUCCGGCGGUGAUAAGGCGACGCUGCGGUCCACUCCGCUGGAGUUCACGUCCAUCAAGACGGGCGGCCGGCGCCGCGAGCCGGGACUGAGCAAAUUGGCGUCGAACACGCGGCACAGGGGACUCGGGCUCGGCCACCACGCGCACCGGCACAAGCGGUCGCAGCGUAAGGACAUACCGGCGGGCGAGAGCAGGCGCCGGCACAAGAACUCGCUGUUCCGCCGGAUCAGCACCAAGUGCACGCCGGACUAUCAACAGCUGUCACUGUUGGCCGGAGGCCGUAGCCCGGUGUCGAGCGGCCAACCAUUAUCGCCGGACGCAUCGACGGUCACCGCCGCGUCCAUCGUCGCCGGCCCCGCCGCCGGGGCCAUCGAUUACUCGUCGUCGACCAGCUCGUCGAGCUCGUCAGCCAACUCGUCGCCGACCGUGACGCCCAACUCGGCCACGCCGUACCAGCGACCGUCCACGCUGCACGGGCUCAAGCACAAGCUGCACUCGGUCACCAAGAACCUGCACUCGCCCAACCGACGCAAGUCGGUCGGUCACAUACCGCUGUCGCCGCUCGCGCGCACCCCCUCACCGUCGCCGUUACCGCAGUCGCCGACCCGGUCGCCUAGCCCGUUGACGUUCUCGUCCGGCCACCAGCCCGGCAGCUCCAACACCACGCAGACAUACAGCCCGUCCUCGCUGCUGUCCAACGCCAAUGGAUGCGCCGUGUCUACCGUGACGUCUGCCGCGGCCGCGGCCGGCUCCGUGUCCGCGUGCUGCGGCGGGAAGAAGGCGGCCGGCUCGUCGUUCGGCCGCCCGUGCAAGACGUCCGAGCCGGGCUCACCGCUGCUUCGCCGCGCUCUGUCCCCUGACAGGCUGCACCCGCGCACCGCCGAGACCAAGUCCAACUCGAUAUCGCCGCUGUGCGACCCCGCGCUCAAGGUCACAACACACCACGCGCCGCGCGUCACCGUCACCACCAAGUCGCCGCCCAUGUGCGUGCGCGCGGCCUCCACCGCUUCCGGUUCGCCGUUCGUCGUCAAGACCACCGUGGUGACCACGACCACGGCCGGGACCGACGCGCCGUCGUCGCCGCCGCCGGCCGAGAAGUCGACGGCGGUCGCUGAAAGCGCGGCGGCCACGACGACCGGUACCGCGACCGCGGCGGCUGCCGAACCGGCGGUGAACAAGACGUACGCGAACGAUACCGGGCACGCGUCGUUGCCUCGCAUAGCCGAAGAGAGGGAUCAUCAUCAUCAUCAUCAGCAGCAGCAGCAACAGCAGCACCCGCAGCAAUCGGUGGCGUCCGCGGUGACGACUGUCGCCUCAUCCAUCGCUAGAGAUCGCGAGACGACCGCGGUGGUGGCCGUCGUCGACAGGCCGAAGUCGACCAAGUCGUUGCACGCCAGGUAUUUCUUCAACCGGAAGUACAAGCACGGCAACCGGGGGGAACAGCAGCUCAAACCAUCGGCGACGGCGGUCAGUGACGAGGCAAAGUGCGGCACGGCGAACAACAAAUAUUGCGCGCUGAUUAACGACACGCCGCCGUCGCCGCAGCCUUGAGACGAGCGACCGUCGUUACGGCAGCCUAGUAGGCCGUACGGCCAAAUCUCCGCGUUCCCGCGGACACACUCGUUCGUCUCGCCACGCCCGUUAUCGUCCGACAAAACACCUUUGUCCGAUUCGUUCGUUAUGUUUUACUUUUUUUUUUUGUUUUUCGUUUUCGUUUUUUAUUAUUACUACUGUUAAGUGUUGUCGUUCCGUCUUCCGGUCCAUCAGCGAUCGGAUGUACGGCGGCGAUUAUGUGUUUUAGUGUGUUUGCGUGUUUGUGUUGCACUAAACGAGGUUCGUUAACGCACGAUUUACUAUCGUUGUUGUUAUUAUUAUUAUUAUUAUUAUUAUUUUCUUUAUGACGGUUGCGCGUCUUAGGUUAGUUUAGGUUCCGUGCGAGCCUUUAACGCGAAUAAAAAUAUUGAACCUCGACAAAUAUGACUACUAACGUGUAUUACAAUUGUACUACGAAAUAUCGUUCUUAUUUUUUAUGUAUUUAGUCUCAAAGUGCCUAUUUACUUAAUUCGUAGGACCAAAUCAGUGUAAUUCGCCUUUUUCGUCACUUUUUGCUCAUCACGAUAAACGCAUUUAUUUUUUGUAUGCAUGUUAAAUUACGUCUUAAAUGAUUAUAAAUUUAGCGUUACAUGAUUGUUUAAAAUUUCCGCCUCGUUAGAUCUCAUUACGGCCGUUACACGGUUAAGCCUUAAACCUAAACCUAAAUCAACGGACAAGUUUAUUGUUCGGCACCGAACUUUUUUUUUUUUUUUUUUACGCUACAUUCGUCUUUUACGUAAACACUUGUUAUUAACGAUUUUUCCGUGUGAAACUAUUAUUAUCAUACUAUUGUUUACUACUCGCUUAUUGUUCAGGAACAAUAUUUUAAUUUUCUUCCUCACACGUUUCCGACGUGUGUGCUUCAUUUUCUUCUCCAUAACGAUCGAGUGUGUAUGCGCGAUUUUAUUGGUGUAAGGAUUCUUUCUCUCGGUUGAACUGUAGUCGUCAAGCGCGUUAUUUUUUAUACUUGAAUUCAUUAUAUUAUGUUAAUGUGUGUUUGUGUGUGUGUGUGUGUGUGUGUGUGUGUGUGAGAAUUUUUGUAAUUUAUUAUUAUCUAGAAAAACUUUAUCUAAUAUGUUAUUGAAAAUGUAUUUCCGAGUAUGUUUUCAUAACACACAAGCUUCUUGUUAUUUAUUUGUGAUACUUUGUGAUAGAUACAACACCCCAAAUUUAUUGUUUUAUAUUCAUAGGUCUUAUACUUUUAAUUAGUUGUGUUAAUUAUGAUUUAGCAACGUAGAAAUCAACCUCAUCAUUUUUAUUUG